UUGCCUGCCCCUAGACCUAAUUAAAGUCAAAGCGCUGUCCUUCUUGCUCUAGCCGUGAAUUCGAACGGGCAGAAAGUGGCUGCAAGCACCUGGUAGCGAAAUUUCACAUCCAAAAUGGCCACAAGUACUAAGGAAUUAAUGGAUGUCGACGACACGCGGCUGCUGGGCCAGCCCAUGUGGUCACCCAAGGACCCUAGCUCGACUCGCAUGGACACCUUUCGUCGCAAGAUCUCACAGGAGCAUGGUGUGGCACUGGAGAACUAUGACGCCCUCUGGAAAUGGUCCGUGGCACAUCCGUCCCUCUUCUGGGAAGCAAUAUGGCGCGAAAUGGGUGUGAUCGCAUCCAAGCGAUGGGAUGGUGGCCCAGGAGCCAGCCUGGAUAAGGAUGCCAAAAUCUAUCCUCCACCACUGUGGUUCAAGGGCGCAAGGCUCAAUUUCGCGGAAAAUCUGAUGCGGCAUUGCAAGACGCAGCCGGACCGAGUGGCUGUAAUCCAGUCCACCGAGGUCGACACGAAAACAGGCAAGUUGGACGAACGGCAGCUCACGUACAGGCAGCUCUGGCAAUCGGUCGCCAAUGCGACCCGUGCUAUGCGGAGACGAGGAGUCAAAGUCGGAGAUACUGUCGCAAGUUACUCUGCGAACAACACCGAGAAUUUGAUCGCGUUUCUGGCCUGCAGCGCAGUGGGAGCGGUGUGGAGCUCAGCGGCGGCCGACUUUGCACCUUCUGGCGUGCUCGAGCGCCUGCGUACCGUGCAGCCAAAGCUCAUCUUUAGCGUCAAUGCCGUGCGUUACAACGGAAAAGUCCACGACCACAUUUCUAAGCUCAGAAUGGUAGUCAACCAGCUUGCUCAGGAGCAGUCGAUCUGUAGCCACACGGGGCAACGGCUGGAAGGCGUCAUUGUGAUCGACAAUGUUGGAGAACAUGGCGCAAGUCUAGACGAGAACUGGACGACUUGGGAUAGUUUUCUCAGUCAGGGACAGUCCGCAACAGAUGAGGAUCCUGCACACAUUCUAUUCGAACAGCUCGACUUCAAUCACCCUCUCUGGAUUCUGUUUUCUAGCGGCACCACGGGGCAGCCUAAAUCGAUCACUCAUCGGGCGGGUGGAAUGCUUCUACAACUCUCCAAGGAGCACCUCAUUCACGGGGACAUGAAGCCCUCCGACGUUACAUUCUACUUUACAACGACAGGAUGGAUGAUGUGGAACUAUCUUAUCGCCUCCCUCGUCUCUGGCGCAACCAUCAUCCUUUUCGAUGGAUCGCCGCUCAAGCCUCCGUGCGUGCUGUGGGAUAUUGCCGAGCGUCACGGAAUCACAGUCUUUGGCACGAGUGCUGCUUACCUUGCUGCGCUCGAAAAGACGGGCUAUAUGCCAAUAGAAAAGCACAAGCUUAAGGUUACACAAGUGCUCUCCACUGGGUCCCCCUUGCGUCCAUCCCUGUAUCCCUACGUUCUCAAAGCCAUCGGCAAGGACGUUCUAGUCGGCAGUGUCAGCGGCGGCACAGACAUAUGCUCUCUUUUCGCAGGCCAUAACACGGCGUUACCCGUCUAUGCGGGAGAAAUUCAAUGCCGUAAUCUUGGGAUGGAUGUUGAUAUCUUUGAUAUCAAUGGAAAGAGUGUCGGUAUCAACAAAGAAGGAGACCUCGUUUGCAAGACACCUUUCCCCGCUCAGCCUCUCGGAUUUUGGCGUCAGUCGGAGAAAAAGUACGAGGACAGCUACUAUUCCCAGAACCCCGGUGUUUGGCAUCAUGGUGAUUUUGCCAUGCUCUCUCAGCAUGGCGGUCUCGUCAUGCUCGGCCGCUCGGACGGCGUCCUCAACCCAGGCGGCAUUCGCUUUGGAAGCAGUGACAUUUACGAGCUCCUCGAGGCACAAGAAGGGCGGACAGGAGCGAUGCUGGCUAUCGACGACUCGCUUGUGGUUGCGCUCAAGACGCCAACCGGGGAUGACGAAGUCGUAAUCCUCUUCUUGGUUCUUUCUGGCAAGGUGACAGAGGAGCAAUGGAAUGAGCUUGUGGCCGAGGUCAAACUACUCGUCAAGAACAAGAGGAGCGCGAGACAUGUACCACGGUUUGUAAAGCGUGUGGCGGGAGUCCCAAAGACCUUAAAUGGAAAGCGCGUAGAGGUCCCUGUAAAGAAGCUUAUCAAUGGUGCACCACUCUCCUCCAUCAAUCAGGCGACACUCCAAAAUCCCGAGGUGCUAGACGAGUACAUCCGGCUUGGCGAGGAAUUGCGAGACGAGCUAAAACGCGUGGCAUAGACUGCGGGGAUGGAUGCUGCUUAAUGGAUUGCGGUGCACAUGCUGCUAGCCUCACUUGGAUGUAUAG